CAUUCAGUUAAUACUGCGCGUCAGGUUUUCGCGCAUGAGUAGGAGACUUAUAUCAGUGCCGUUGUCAUUCUCCCAUUGACGCAUGUCGAGAACUCUAGCAGCCAAUUGAUUAAUUUUUUUGGAUUCUUAUAGUAGUGUUUUUAGUAAGGGUCUCUGGUGUAAUUUGCUUUGAGUAAUGAGCAUUUUCAAUGUCAUUGCGGCUCUGACAUUUGCGAUCUCAUUAGCUGCAUCACAGUCUGAUAAGAUUACAGGAAAAAUUGAUCUUGUAUUUGGUGUACCAUCAACAACACGACUUGGCUCAAAUGGAUUUAAUAGGUUCAAAGAAUUUGUAAAGGAAGUGAGCAGUUCGUACUCCUUAUCAGCAAACGACACAAAUGUUGGUGUUAUUCAAUAUGGUGGUAAUGCUAGAGUUGUCCUUCCACUCUCAGAAGGAAAUUCUAGAGUUGUGUUGGAGCAAAGACUUGAUCGUAUGACUUUUAGAAGGGGUUCGCAAAAUGUUCCCAAUGCCCUACAACUUGCUUCGUCUGAAAUGUUUGGUCCAGGUGGAAGUGGGCGAGUCUCGUCAAGCAAGUACUUUGUGUUUGGUGCUGAGGGCUCAACAUCUGAAUCGAAGGAAGAUUUGGAACUUGCUGCUAGAGGUCUUAAUUAUGAAGGUGUUUCCAUAAUGCCCAUACCAAUUGGUGCUGGAUCUUCUCGUUCUAAUUUGGAAGCCAUUGCAAGCACUCCAAAAAGAAAUUUCUUCCUACCAGCUAGGAAUGUUAAUUCUCUAGGAGCCAGUUUCCAAAGAAGUGUUGUUUCUUCAGUGAGACCUGGUGUGAGACGGUCAUCUUCGUUACUUGAAGGCAAAACUGAUAUUUUACUCGGCAUUCCUGAUGGAGAUCAGACAAGAACGUCUUUCUCUCAAAUUAAAUCAUUUGCAGAAAGAUUUAGUAAUGGGUUGAGCUUUGGAGCUAAUGGUGCUCGAAUGGGGAUGUUCACCUACAGCGAUAAUGCGAAGCCGGUUGUUCAGCUUUCAAGUGGCGUAUCAAAAUCUGUUGUAAACAGUGGGAUACAAAGAAUGACACAUGGUGGUGGAGGUAAUCGUAAAGACGUUGCUUUACAAUAUGCAGCAAGGCAGUUAAAUAGAAAUGCUCGUAGUGGAGCAAAUAAAGCUAUUGUUCUUUUGUCCGACGGUGCAUCAUCUCCUGGAUCUGCUGACAUGAGUAGAAUAACAAGAUCGAAUCCUAACAUUGAUGUCGUAUCUGUUACUGUUGGAACCCCAGCUCGAACUGAAGCUGCAAGACUUGGUCGUGAGGUUGUAUCUUAUGGUAACUAUCCUGAACUUUUGUCAUCUGGUCCGCUUGAUGUAACGACACUUUGGCAGAGUUAGCAAGAGCUACAACUACUACUCCUCUUAUUGGUCAGAAAGGCGAAAAGGGAAGUCGGGGUGCACCAGGAUCCCCCGGUCAACGUGGAAAUCGUGGUAUGGUUGGUGACAGAGGUAGAACUGGUAUUAGGGGAGAGAGUGGAAGACCUGGUGCUACAGGACCUCCUGGUCUACCUGGACCUGGUCUUCUUGUCACUGAUCCAGAAGACACACAAGGUAAAGGUCCAAGUCCCAAUCAAUAUGUUUAUGUUCCAGGUCCUCCUGGCCCUCAGGGUCCUCCAGGGCCUUCCGGACAACCUGGUCCACCAGGUCGUGAAGGUGAUAGAGGUGACCCUGGAUCUCCUGGGGUUACUGGUGCUAUUGGAGAACCGGGGCAGCCUGGCGUGAAAGGAAUUAAGGGUCGCUCGGGUACACCUGGUAGUAGAGGAAAUGAUGGACAACCAGGAAGUGCUGGUGAAAGUGGCGGUGUGGGGCCUCAAGGUAGUAGAGGUCCUCGAGGACGUCAAGGGAUACAAGGAGUAAAAGGUGAUCGUGGGCAAAAUGGUCCUACUGGUGACCCUGGAGAGACAGGCUUGCCUGGUGAUGUUGGUGAAUCUGGUGAUCCUGGUAAUGAUGGAAGAGAUGGAUCUGAUGGUGAACCAGGCCAACCUGGUUCUAAAGGUUCAAAAGGACGUAAAGGACCUACGGGCCCAAAUGGUCAAGGGGGUACUUCUGGACCUCCUGGUGCACAGGGUCCUGUUGGGACACCUGGUCUUCGUGGUGAGACUGGUAAGCCUGGAUUAACUGGUGAGAAAGGAGUAGUUGGUGCAUCUGGAAAUCGUGGACAACAAGGUCGGCCUGGUGACCCUGGUUCCAGGGGUGUUAAAGGUUCUAAGGGAGCUCGUGGAGCUGAAGGAUUGCAAGGAAGUUCAGGAUUUAAAGGAGAUAGAGGAGCUAUUGGAUUACCUGGCCCGAUUGGAUACCAAGGGAGCUCUGGAAAUCCGGGACCUCCCGGACCGCCUGGCACAGCUGGUUCUCGUGGGGAAAGAGGUCGUAAUGGUGCUCCAGGUCGCUCAGGUCCAGUGGGACCUAAAGGAAUUCUGGGACAACCUGGAUCUCCAGGUGCACAAGGUGAUCCUGGCAUCACAGGAAAGUCCGGUCCACCUGGGCGACCUGGUCGACAAGGACCAGCAGGCCCAUCAGGUCCUAAGGGUGAAGUUGGAUUUGAUGGACCCGAGGGACGUGUUGGUAUUGCUGGGGUUAAAGGUAAUGCGGGACCGCGAGGAGCUAUAGGUCCUGUUGGACCCAAAGGUGCAAGGGGACGUGAUGGUUCAAAAGGUUCAAAAGGUGUCAGAGGUUUACGUGGCCCUCCCGGCACUCCUGGGAUGAAUGGCCUUGAUGGUAAACCAGGCAGUAUGGGUAUUACUGGUAACCCAGGUACGGUUGGUCCUCCUGGUGUCCCUGGGCAGGCUGGUGCUGAAGGUCCACCGGGUUCUACUGGAGCCAAGGGAGGAACGGGUUCUGUUGGUAUUCCAGGGGAAAUGGGUCCCGAUGGGAUAAAGGGGGAAGCAGGUGAUGAGGGACCUUCUGGACCUCCUGGACCACCUGGUAUUGAUGGUGUUAACGGAGAAGAUGGUGAACAAGGUUUACCAGGUGAAGUUGGUCCACAAGGGAAACAGGGUGAUCGUGGAGAGCAAGGUAUUGAAGGUGCAGUGGGCCCACCAGGAAAUAAGGGCUACCAAGGACCGUAUGGCCAACCUGGUAAAAGAGGAGAACAGGGAGGAACUGGAGAACCAGGUCAACCAGGCUCACGUGGUCAUUCGGGCCAACCUGGGAAGCGUGGUCCUGAUGGAGAACCUGGAGCGGAUGGAUUGCCUGGUCCUCAAGGUCCUCCUGGUGAGUCUGGUUUACAGGGACGACCUGGUACAAUGGGUUCACCUGGUGCGCCUGGUGUGCCCGGAGAAAAUGGACCUAAAGGUUCAAAGGGAAACAAAGGCAAUACUGGAUUCGAAGGCAAACCUGGACGAAACGGGAGAACUGGAAGAAAUGGUAAUCCAGGUCGACAAGGCCUAAUGGGUCCUCCUGGUCCAAAGGGUGAUCGUGGUGACAUUGGUGAUCGUGGGAAAGAUGGAAACAUUGGGGAACAAGGUCCUGCUGGCACUCGAGGUGGUCCUGGUGAUAAAGGAGAACCUGGAGCACCUGGAAUCCAAGGACCUGUUGGAUCAAAGGGAGGACGGGGUUUGAAGGGUACUAAGGGAGAAAAAGGCUACAAAGGCGAUGUAGGCAAUGCUGGAACUCCUGGAGGACCGGGGGAACAAGGCGAAAGAGGCAACAAUGGCGAGCCUGGGACUUCUGGUUUAAUGGGACCUCCAGGUUUGCUAGGAAGCCGUGGCGAGCGAGGACCCACUGGACCAGCGGGGUCGCCUGGAUUGCCUGGUCUUUCAGGUGAAGAUGGGCUCCCUGGAGCAAAGGGAAAUCGUGGUCAACCUGGUCCCAAUGGUAAAACUGGUCCGCCUGGUCCUCCUGGUAGUCUUGGGUUUGAUGGCUCUCCAGGGGCAAAUGGAGACAUUGGGGAUUUAGGUGAGCAAGGUGAAGCUGGAAGGAAAGGCAUAGCCGGGGCCAAAGGACUUAUGGGAUUCCCUGGACCACAAGGGCUAGUCGGUCCCACUGGAAAAGCUGGAGAAUCGGGAGAACAAGGUGCAAGUGGUGAGGUUGGUCAGACAGGCAGCUCGGGCGAGAAGGGCUAUGAAGGUAGAAGAGGUGAUAGAGGUGCAAAUGGUGUUGAUGGAGAGAUAGGCGUUGAUGGAACAGAAAGCACGGAGCAAGGUGAACCAGGACCUCCUGGCUUGAGGGGACCUCCCGGAAUCGCUGGAGUUCCUGGUAAUCUUGGACCACCUGGCACUGCAGGUCCUCCGGGAUCUUCUGGUCUUGCUGGAGAACCUGGCAUAGUUGGUGCACAGGGCUUGUUUGGUCCCAAAGGACAAAAAGGUGAAGCUGGCGCUGAGGGAGCUGAGGGAGAUCAAGGAGCAAUUGGGAAAACUGGUUUAGAUGGUUAUGAUGGUAACAAGGGACAAAAGGGUGACGUUGGUGCACCUGGUGCUCAGGGACCACAAGGACCACCUGGAGAUCCUGGCGUUGCUGGACUGCCAGGUCAUGUUGGACCUCCAGGAGAUACGGGUCAGAUGGGUAUUACCGGUAGAAGUGGUCCACCCGGAGAACCGGGUUUGGCGGGUUUGGAUGGACGUCGUGGUUCACCUGGUGAGGACGGUUCUGCUGGACGAAUUGGUGCUACGGGUCGUCCGGGCCCACCUGGGGAUGCGGGCCCACCUGGCCCAAAGGGUCCACCUGGUUUGCUUUUAAGGCCCGAGCCGGCCGAACGAGUGGACUUUGAGAAAGGGCCUGGGUACUAUUCUAGCAAAAAGGAGAUUAGUUCUGAAGGUAAUAUUUUACCCGAUGAAAUGGGUCUUAAUGACUUCGGCGGAUUGACAAAGGCAACCCACAACAUUCUUGAUCUUAUUGACAAAAUGGACGGAAAAUCUCUUUUAACUGCUGCACGAUCUUGUCGAGACUUGAAACUUGAAUACCCUGAUAUUACCGAUGGGGUAUAUUGGAUAGAUCCAGAUUGGGGUAGUCAUGGAAAUGCACUGCAAGCUAGUUGUAAUUUCACCCUUCAAAUGACGUGUAUUCAACCCACAAAUGCCAAGAAAAUAGAUAUCCACGAAGAGUUUCAAUACACCGAUGAAGUUCAAAUAUCGUUCCUUCGGCUGUUGAGUACUGUUGUUAGCCAACACAUAACUUAUCACUGUAAAAACUCGAUGGCUUUUGAUGGUAAACUCAAAUCUAUCCAUCUGGUGGGAGAAAACGGAAUUGAUGUCAACAUGAACAGUCCACGAAAUUAUCGACCUUCUUUGAUUGAAGAUGGUUGCAAGGUUAAUGACGGCAAAUGGCACAAGACGAUAUUCAAAAUAAGAACAGAGAUGAAACAAAGGCUUCCAAUUAUUAAUGUGACACCAUUUGAUACUGGCCUGGAUAAAGAAUAUAUGAUAGAAGCUGGAGAUGUGUGCUUUUUAUGGUAAAUAAAACUUAGACACAGCUCACUGGAUGGUAAAUAUUUCACAAUGAAAUAAAGAUGAACAGCCUUGCUUUGAUUUCAUGCACAUUUUUAUGAAGAAUUUUGAAGAAUGUUUACUAAACUUUAGAGUAAUUUUGUUGUCCAUUUUCCUGUGACUAUUUUUUGUUUUGUGUUCAAUUUCACCGUUCGUUUAUGUUAGGUUAAAUAGUCAUUGUUUUCAAAAGAAAUGUUAGAAAAAUCGUCUUUUUAAAGUAUGCAAA